GUUUGACUUUUAAAAAGUUUCUUAUGAACCUGAGCUUGUGUAGGCGUGCGGAUCAACGUUGUGUUUCUGUGUACAAAAAUAAGAGGAAGGUGGACUUGAGGAAUGGGAAGGGAAACCUCACUUCUUUUACAUUUUCAGAAGAGGCGAAAAUGGUUUUAUGCGACUUAUUUACUCGGUAUCCACCUGAUGAUCGAGAGGUGGGUGAUGAAAUGGUUAAAAAAGGUGGUGGAAAAAUUCAAAAACCACACAGAAAGAAAGAAGAUAUAUUUUGCAAACCUUCACUGAACAUGGCUGAAACAGCAAAGAAGUUGGAAUCACUUGCUUCUAGAAUAGAGAAGACCCCGAACUUGAGACAGAUUAGUGAACAGAGGUCUGGGCUCCCAAUUUCGUCCUUCAGGGAUGUCAUUACAUCAACAAUAGAAUGCCAUCAGGUUUUUCUUUUGUCUCUCGCAAUUUGA